AUGGCCUGCCCACCACCUCAUUGCCCUUCGUCUGGCCCGUCUUGCUUCCUCGUUCUCUCACUGCUAGCCGUCGCGACGAAUUCGCCUCCUGCACGUCGCCUCUCGCCUGGCAUGUAUACGCCCGAUCACGAUCCUCGCCACGCCAACGAUAGCCCCCUCUACCUUGAUGACGAGCUUGAACUCGACUAUGGAACCCCACAACUCCCGACUUGUGAUACUCCUUGUGCUAGGGGGAGUCCGUUUCAAGACAGCUGCCUACCGUUGCUUCAACUAAAUAACUGGGAUCCGGCCUUUCGAGACGAUGAACUUGAUCCAACGUGUAUUCACUACGAUAUCGAGUGGAAGCUUCAACUCAAAAAGGGCAGGCUGUCCAAGCUGGUCGAGAUUACAGAAGAGAACCUUACUCUUGCUCCCGGUGCCUACUGGGACAAGUUUCUGAGCGCCGAGUUAGCGGCGACCGUGAAGGACAAGCUCCCCGAGCCGAGAUACGAACCCGACGAGACCACCGUUGUUGUGAGCGUAGAGAAACGUAGCGAACGUAACAUGAGAAAGCGAUUUAAUGGCCUCAUCGUCGACUGGAAGACGGUAGAAGAUAAAUUGAGAAGCUGGGCCCCUCUUUUCCGCGAAGGUAACAAGCUAAGGAUUUACAUUUCCUUCGUUUACAAAGAGAUCAUCCAGCCAACAGCCGUGGCUACACGGAGUCGCGGUCGUGGGGCUACGGGCCGGCAGCUCAUCGCCAGAGACCAGCUGCUUGCCGAUCAGGAAGAGACGACCGGCUCUCGUCCAAUAUGGAAAGAGGUAUACGAGCUUCUGCACUGCACAGGGGUUCCAUGUGUAAACUCGCAAUUUUAUUGCUGGCGUGAUCCAGAGAGCAAGAAACAUUACAAACUUGACACUAGCAUUCUGGGGAUGCUCGUUGACUUUGCUGAGGAAGGAAAUCUUCUGAGGACACACGAUGACGUACCUGAGAAUAUUCGACAGGUGAUCUAUAAGCACGAAGAGGAGAGUUCGGAGCGAAGGAAACUGAAGCGAAAGAGAUCUGAUAGUUCGCCUCCAAUCAAUAUCCACGUCACCUGUCCUGGAUAUCCCGGCCAGCAUUCAGGGGAUAUUUUUGCUAGGCCCAAUGUAGAAGCGCGAGGAGAAGCGCAGGAGUCGGUGCUGCUCUCUCGGAAUCGACCAGUUGACCUUGUAAUUCCCAUGCGGAGAAAUAAGGCUCUGGAAAAAUACCACGAAUGGCAACAGGAUCAAGUGGACAGCCCGCGUUGGCAGCAGAGCAUUCAACAUGCCUACGAAAUCACAAGGGAGGCAUGUCUCGAUCUCAAGCAUGUCCAUACCAAAGUCGGUAUCGAGUUUUACACCGACAAAGGAGUCCAGUUGGGCGUUGCGCUAUCGUUCAUCAACGAUGUUCCACGUUGGGUUGAAGAAGCUUUAGGGUAG